GCGCUGCCCUCUCGUGGCGGGAGUCUGCUACCUGCCGGCUCGCGCUCGUCCUUUAGGAUGAUGAUGAGCCCCGUGGCGAGUGAGAACGGGCAGGCAGACGCGCGCACAGCACACACGAGAACCUGCUGAAGGCCGUUGGAGUCGUGCGUUGUAAAUUAUGUACAUAAGUUCCUGAUGUUAUUAUUCGGGUUCACAUGAAUGGUCAGCCGUACAACUUGGAGCGAGGAAACCGAGGAGCGAGUGGGAAAAUCUGUAAACCGACAAACAUCGUCUGAAUUGGAACACGUACACCAAGUGCUUUUUUCCUGCCCGUCUCUAUCUCUUUCUCUCUCUCUCACACACACACACACACGCACAGAGACCGAAGCUCGACGACUCCGGUGGGGAUUUUCAAGCUGACAACACCGCGACAAGCAAAGCGUAUAAAAAUAUACAGAAAGGAGAAGAAGGGCGAUUUUUUUUUUAUUAUUAUAAUUUUCUUUUUUUUGGUAAAUGUAUUUUUUCAGUGGGUGUAAAAUAAUUUUGUAAGCAGCAAUGUAAAUCUCGUGUUUAUUUAUAUAUAUAAAGGAAUAAUAAUAUAAUAAUAAAAAAUAAAAUAAAAAACAGGUAUUUGCGAUAAACAGCUCGUUUUUUAAAAGAAGAAAAAAAAAAAAGAAAUAUCGCUGGACCGACGAGCUACGAUGCUGCGUUUGGGGUUUACUUGAAGAUAUUCUCACAACAGUUUGAAAGAAAAACACUGAAGCUUUCCCAACAGACUUAAAAAAAACCUCCUGGUGUAGUGUGUGCUUGCAAGAGCUUGGAGACGUGUGCUUUAUUUUGAUUAGGACUGCAACCAGUGGGCCCUAAAGAAAAUGUAGAAAAAGUGUGAGGACAGGAAAUAUUAAUAACUGCUGUGGUCUCACCCACCUGUGCUACUGUAAAGCAUCUAAUAAAAAGAGACAAGGAGAGAGUGGAAGAAAAGUGAGAGAGGAUUUGAUCCAGGACGGCCUUCAGUCACCUGCUGCACUGGACAAACAGUCUGAUAGACUAGAAGAGGUGAGUGGGUGACCACAGAAAGAGUGAGAGACGGGGACUGACAGAGGAGCAAAGGUUUGGAGGAGGAGGCGGAGGAGGAGGAGGUCAAGGAGGAGUGGGAAAGGCCAUUCCCCAUGGCUACUGAUCCAGGUGAGCCAACUGGCACCGAGGACUCCUCGGAAAAACCUGAUGGACAGAGGGAGGAGGACACGGAGCAGGAGGGCAGGGCUGACCCACAGAGGGAGAGGACACACAGCACCCCCUCGGACUUCCCCUCCUCCCAGACUCAGGAGAGAAAAGCAACAGGAGGAGAGGAUGGAGGAAUCCGGGGGGGAGGCGGAGGGGAAACAAGCCAGGCGGGUGAGGACAACCUAGGCAGACCGAUUUCAUUCUCCACGCCCUCCUUACCAGUCGACACUGGCCAGAAACGACUCAGGAGGGAGAAACGCUUCUUCAGGAAGAGUGUGGAGAUUUGUGAGGAGGACGAUGACGUGGCUGUGCCGCCAGAGGCGCCCCACAGUGCCCCCCACCUGGAGCUGCGCUCCUCAGACUCAGUCUUCACCAGCAGUACCCAGCAGCAAGGGGUUGCUUCAUCUUGUGCUGCCUUGGGCCAUGAUCCAUCCUGCCCCAGCUCCAGCCAGGAGCCUGGCAAGGAUGCACCUUCCUCCACAACCACCCAGAGGGGGAAGGAGAGGGACCGCGAGCAGGAAGAAGAGGCAGAGAUGAAGGCUGUGGCCACCUCUCCUGGGGGCAGGUUCCUCAAGUUUGACAUUGAACUGGGCAGAGGAGCCUUCAAGACUGUCUAUAAAGGCCUGGACACAGAGACGUGGGUGGAGGUGGCUUGGUGUGAACUUCAGGACCGCAAGCUGACCAAGGCGGAGCAGCAACGCUUUAAGGAGGAGGCCGAGAUGCUGAAGGGGCUUCAGCACCCCAACAUCGUCCGCUUUUAUGAUUCCUGGGAGUCUGUGCUCCGCGGCAAAAAGUGCAUCGUACUGGUCACUGAACUCAUGACUUCAGGAACACUCAAAACUUACCUGAAACGCUUCAAGGUGAUGAAACCCAAAGUCCUGAGGAGCUGGUGUAGGCAAAUCUUGAAAGGUCUUCACUUCCUUCACACCAGGACUCCUCCAAUAGUCCACCGGGACCUCAAGUGUGACAACAUCUUUAUAACAGGCCCCACAGGCUCAGUCAAGAUAGGUGACCUGGGACUGGCUACUCUUAUGCGGACUUCCUUUGCCAAGAGUGUAAUAGGAACCCCGGAGUUCAUGGCUCCAGAGAUGUACGAGGAGCACUAUGAUGAGUCUGUGGACGUCUACGCCUUUGGGAUGUGCAUGCUGGAGAUGGCCACUUCAGAAUACCCGUACUCUGAGUGCCAAAAUGCUGCUCAGAUCUAUCGCAAAGUCACAAGCGGUAUAAAGCCAGCCAGCUUUGAUAAAGUGAAUGACCCAGAGAUCAAAGAGAUCAUCGAAGGCUGCAUUCGUCAGAACAAGAGCCAGAGACUGUCCAUCCGAGACCUCCUAAACCACGCAUUCUUUGGAGAAGACACAGGAGUCCGGGUGGAGCUGGCAGAGGAGGACUCAGGCACCCAGGAUUGUCUAGCUCUCCGGAUUUGGGUCGAAGAGCCCAAAAAGCUAAAAGGAAAGCACAAAGACAAUGAGGCCAUUGAGUUCAGCUAUGACCUGGAGAAUGAUAGUGCAGAAGAAGUGGCUCUAGAGAUGGUGAAGUCAGGAUUUUUCCAUGAGAGUGAUGCCAAAGUGGUAGGAAAAUCCAUCCGGGACCGUGUAAAUCUAAUCAAAAAGUCACGAGAGCGUCGGCAGCAGCAGCUACUCCAGCAGCAGCAGGGCUUUGAAGAAAGAAAAGAUCCCACUCUCACCUCCCACACCUUUUCUCAUCCAUCCUGUCCAUCCUCACUUGGGCAAGGGGCAGCUGGACAGACAGGAGGAGGAGGAGGAGGAGGAGCAGGACAGGAGUCUGAGGAGCUGCCUGAAGUGGACCAACAUGUCAGGCAGCAACAUAUUAUCAGUGGGACAACCCUUAGUUUGCCAGAAGGUGAGAGCAUUGGGUCUGCCAGCUGUGAAUCUUAUGCAAGUGGACAGAGCCAGGCGUACUCUCAGCAAGGGGAAUCAUACAGCCACUCCCAGACUACUCUCCUUCCUACAGCAGCUAGCACUGGUGCAUUGACUCAUCCUCAAAUGGUUCCCAUUGGUGAGAGUGGAAGUGUUCCAAAUGUGCCUGUUGGUCAGAGUAUGUCCAACAUGUCCAUAGGCCAAAGUGGCGGAGGACCUGUUGGCCAGACAUUUCUCCAGCCCAGUACCAUGGUUCCACAGGUAUCACCAAGUGUCCCUCAACAAUAUUUUCAGUCACAAACAUUCCCAUCAGAAGCAUUUCAAACUGCCACUCCCCAUGGGUCAAUGGCCCCCUCACAGUCAUACAUACCCCCUGUUUCCCCACAAGCACCCAUUAAUGUUCUCACUACAUCCAUGACAGUCAGUGAUCCUGCUGGACUAGCGGGGACCAUUGUGCCCCUCACUCAACAGACCCAACCCACUGCCACUCCCAUGCAGCUCACUGACAUAAUUCCCCAGGCAGCACCCCAGCAAACACAGCCUGUCAUGAUCCCUCAGCAGACUAUUGUUCAACAACAACAGAUAGGGAUGGAUCCCCAGAUUUCCACUCUUCAGCAGCAGCCACAACAGCAAAUGGAGGCCCAGGCCACUCUGCUCGAACAACAACAACAACAACAACAAGUUAGUACCACUCAGCCACCAACGGAGCAGCAUCCACAGAGUGUUUCAGCUACAGCUGUCCAGACACAUCAACAUGAGCCUCAGCAGCAGAUCUAUGUACAGCAGCCUGUUCCUGCUGUCCACACAGCUCCUCAGCAGCAGGUGUUACCUACACAGACAGGUAUGGAGCAGCGAGCUAUGUCAUUACCACAGCCAGGGGAGCAACCUCAGACUUAUAAGCCUCAACCAACGGGCGAUCCUCGUGAGCAGACCAUGAUACAACCACAACAACUGCAACAACAGCUUCAGCAACAGCAGACUCUGUUACAACAGCAGCAACAACAAGCUUUACUGCUUGAGCAACAUCAGACGUACGUCCAGCAACAGCUUGAUCAGCAACAACAAAAAGCAUUGCUUCAACAGCAGCAGCAACAACAGGCUCAAUUAAAACAACAUCAACUGGAGCAGCAGCAAGCACUUAUACACAAGCAGUUGUUGGAUCAACAACAGCAACAAACUCUUAUUCAGCAACAGCAAGAGCAACAACAGCAAGGUCUUUUACAGCAACAGCAAACACAACAAGUGAUUUUACAACAUCAAUUAGAGCAGCAACAACAACAGCCUCCAUUACAGCAACAGCAGCAGAGCCAGUUAUAUCAACAAAUUGGGCAACACCAAGCUGGAAUACAAAAAGAACCAGAAAAGCAACAGCAGCAGCAAAUAGUAUUGCAGCAGCAACCUCAGCAGACACAACAGCAAAAGGAACAACAAUUGCAGCAACAAGCCUUACUCCGACAAAUAGAACAACAGCAGCAGCAAGCACUGAUAGAACAGCAUUUGCAACAACAGGCUAUUUUACAACAGCAUCAGCUGCAACAGAAAGCUCAGCUACAGCAACAGCAACAAGAGCAGCAACAAGUGCAACUCAAGCAGCAGAUAGAGCAGCAGCAGCAAGCUCUGUUGCAGCAACAGCUAGAACAACAGCGUCAGCAACAAGUCCUGUUGCAACAACAACAAGCAGAGAGAUUGCAGCAACAAGCUUUGUUACAGCAACAGAUUCAAGAGCAACAAGCAGCCAUCAUUCAACUUCAGCAAACUGAGAAACAAGAGGCUGUCCCCAUUCCACAAGUGGCAAGUAACAGUGAGCAGCAAAUUCAGCAGCAGCCGAGCAGCAUCCCACAACUUAACACAGCUCAGUUUCCACCUCAUACCACUCUCACACAGCAGCAAGUAAUAGAGCAGCAACAGCACGCAGCAUUGAUCCAGCAGCAGAAGCAGCAGCAGCAGCAGCAGCAGCAAGCAUUUGUUUCCCACCCUCAGCAUCACACCUCUGUAAUGGAAUCUCAUGUCCCAGUUGGAGCUCCAGCCAGCACUGAGAUGAUUCAGCACCAAACUCAAAUUGUCUCACAGGCCCAGGUCCCCAUGGCCAUUCAGACUAUGCAGAUACCUGUCCAGACGUCUGUUGUCCCAGCUCAGGUCCUUACCCAGCAAGGACAAAGUGAGGCUCAUCCACAGAACCAGGGCCAGGUCCCCGUCCAAUUCAAAGCUCAGUCCACAGUCCAAGCAGCACAGGCUGUGAUUGAGGCCCAAGUAACACCUCCAGUGGCUGUCAUCCAGGGACAGACCCACAUCAUCCAGACCCAGCAAAUUCCCUUACAGACUAGUUAUCCAGGACCUGCCGCUCCAAAACAGAGUCAGGUAACUUCUCAGCCAAUAAUCCAGACUCAGCCUCAGCACCUGACAAUGAGUCAGUCCCAGCCACCACAUGUCCAGGCGGCAACUGUGGAUGCUCAGAUGAUGGGCCAACAAAGUCAAGCUGUUGUCCAGCCUCCAGUUGCAAUUACUUCAAUCGCCAAUCAGAUCCAACAUGAGACUCUUGUUCAGCAAAAUGUUCAAAUGCCAGGGCUCAUGCAGGCCCAGCUGCAGCAACAAACACAAGGCCAGACACCUAUCCAGGUGCAUGCACAGGCUGCUGCUGGCCUUUUGACACCUCAAUAUGUCCCUCAGCCUACCCACCAAGCCAUGCCAUCUUUACAACAGGAUAUAACUCAUAUUAAACAACAGCAGCAGCAACAGGAGUCAGUACUGCAGUAUCAGCAGAUGAUUCUGUCUCCUGGCUCAGCUGGAAGUGUUGGAACUACAACAGAUAGUCUCAGUUCUGCAGUUGACCCUACAAACUUUGUGGCCACCCCUCAUCCUGUGCAGAAGGCUGGACAAGCAUAUGUUCCAAGCCAAACAACACAACAUCCAGCUGUUCAGACCCAGCAGCAGCCCCAAGGAAGCACUGCCGACCCUUCAGUCAUUCAGCCCAUCUCCCAGCCUACUAUGCCUCAGUCUACUGGGCAAUACCAGCAACAGCUACAGAAGCUUUCUCAAGCACAGCAACCUCUAGCUCCAGCUCCUCCACAGCCCCAAUUAUUGGCACAGCCCAUCCCUACUCCCAUCCAGCAACCACUUCCUCCAAAGCAGCCAUUGAUACCAUUUGAGGAGAGUCAGUUGUCAGCCCCACCUACUUCACAUCUGAUGACCCAUCCCACUGCACAUAUAGUCCCCAGUAAUGUGGCAGGGACCCAGUCCCCCUAUAGUCAUCUAGCGGCAGGCGCCUCACCUUCUCCACAGCACCAAGCCAAGCAGAUGCUGCCUGCUCACACACACACACAAACCAGCAUUCAGGCUCAAAUGCACUCCCAAACACAGACACAAGUUCAGACACAGGCACAUUCUCACACUCAGACACACACUGAGACACCUAUUGCUGAACAGCCUGUCCUGCCCCAUGCUGUCUUUCCUGCACAACAAAUGCCCCUCAGCCCCUCUCAUACCUCAUGCCCUCCAACAUCACUACCAUCUCUUGCAUCCCUACCAUCCUACCAUCCUGCUGCUGCCCCUGUGCCAGAGCUGCCUACAUCUCCACCAGCGGCUCAGGUAACCUUACCAGGGCAGGCCGACUUUAUACCCACCUCCCCUCCACCUGUCACUACUCUACAACCGCUUGAUUCUAAUGCCCCCAAACUGCCCCAAGCCUCGCUGCAAGACUGUGACCUUUCCCUGCUGGGCAUUGCUCAGGAUGGUCCAUACCUGUCAAGUACAGAACGUCAUUCUUCGUCAGGGUCUGUUCCAGCUAACGGAGAAGAAGCUCUUCAGCUCUUGGCCAAUGGGAAGCUAGAGAAAUUAAAGACUCAAAGAAGAGCUUCCAGUCAGAGGCCUGAGAAAGUUUCACAUCAGUUUCAACUGAGCAUGCUCCAGGUGUCUGGCAGUGGAGAUAAUAUGGUGGAAUGCCAAUUGGAGACCCAUAGCAACAAGAUGGUGACAUUUAAAUUUGACAUUGAAGGGGACGCACCUGAGGACAUAGCAGAUUACAUGGUGGAGGAGGAUUUUGUCCUUGAUGUAGAGAAAGAGAAAUUUGUCGAGGAGCUUAGAGCCAUAGUUAAAAAAGCUCACGAAAUUCUUCAAACACAUUCACUGACUGGAUCAACUGACCAGCUGCAUGUGAGCACUCCCACUGGUUCUUCAGUGGAUUCAGUGCCCCACUCGUCCCCAGUGGGACGCUGGCGCUUCUUUAUCAACCAGACCAUCCGUCACAGAGACUCCCUAUCCAGCCAGGGAGCAGUCACACCACCACCCACUUCAGAGACAAGGAUACCCGGGUCUCCUAAAACAGAGAGAGGUGAGCUCUACCCAGCUGUAGAAAGUGAACGAUCCCAGAGUGCGGAGUCCUUGGCUUCAAUGGCCUCUCCCCCCUGUCCCUCCCUUGCUGCCACCUCCCCCCCAGUCUCCACUGUGUCAGCCCCUGCCUCUGUGGCCCUGUCAGUCACUGCUGGCCCAGCUCCUAACACCACUGCCUCUGAGAGCAUCUUUGUACCAACCUCCGCUCUUGAAGCCUCUGUUCCUGUCACUGCUUCGGGUGGUCUAGAACUCCUCACCUCAACAUCUAUUGACCAAAUUCCCAGUGCUCCCUCAUCCUUAGCAAUACCUGCUGCUAACCUCCCCACCUUGUCCGCUGCUUCUGCUGUUGUGUCUCCCACACCCACCACCAUUGCCCCAGAUAUACUCUCUUCUCCUGGAACCAGUGGUUGCUCCAUUGUAGGUCAAAGUAUAGGGGACACUAUCAUAACUGCUUCAAGGUCAUGUGUACCUGCAGUGGACAGGUCUUCAACCUCUUUUCAUUCGCUUCCUCCUCCUGCUGCAACAAUCUCUUCUGCUGUAAGUCAACUUGCCAUGGAGCAGCAGCAGACAUUCACUCAGGUGGCUAAGCCAGCCCCACAACCACCACCACAACAACCACAGCCACAGCCUGCUCUACAGCAGCAGGUACCUGCAGUUCAACAGCAACUGCCUGCAGUUCAACAGCAACUGCACGCAAUGCAGCUUGAACAACAGAUACAGCCAGCAACACAACAGCAACAGCUGAAAGCUCAACAUCAAGCAUACCAAGAACAAAUUCAGCUGCAGCAGGAACGAGCACUGCAACAGUCUCUCCAGCAGUUACAACAACAGCUGACUGAGGUGCAGGUGCUACCUCGGCCAGGUCAUACAGAGCUGUUACAACAGUCUGUGCCUCUGCAGCAGUUUCUCCCCCCGAUGCCCCUACAGCAGACCCAACAACCCCUUCCUCAACAGCAGACACAACAGUAUGCCCCACAGUUGCAACAGCCACAGUUACAACAGUUACCACAGCAGGUUAUGACACCCCAAGCUGCUGUAGUGCCCCAACAGCAGGCCCACAUUGAUCACCAGCAGCAGCAACAGUUAAACCUACAACAGACGAUACACUUACAGCAACAGCAAAUGGUGCAACAGCAGCUACAGCAGCAGCAACAUCAGCUGUUUAUGGGUGCUGUGGCUUUAAAGCCAGAUCAAAGCCAAAUGCUGCCCCUGCCUAUUAGUCAACAGUUUCUUCCACAACAGCCACAGCUAAAUGUUAACUCUGUACCGCAACAGCAGAUUCCACAAAAAGCUCAAAUCCCUGCUGAGCUGGCACAACAACAUAUCCAGUCACAGAUACAGCUGCAGCACACUGAGCAGCAACAAGAAGUGACUAAAACCAUGGAGACACCCCAAAAACAGCAGAAUUUUCCACUGCAGAAGCAGUCCUCUUUACAGAUGUCAGAGUCAGAAGUGUCCACAGGAGAGACAAGUGUCACAGAAGACACAUGCAGCUACUCUGCCCCUUUUCAACCGACCUCUGACUCUUCUCUGACGCCCCUCCAUCUGGGCACCACUGACGCCCCCUUACCUGCCCUUUCCCUCACAAUGACGCCAUCACCUGCUCAGCCCUCCUCUGUGGCUGAGUCAGACAGUGAGGGCCCCCCCAAAAUUGAAUUUGUAGACAACCGCAUAAAGACUCUAGAUGAAAAGCUGAGAAACCUGUUGUAUCAGGAGUACAGCAGUGGGGCAGCGCUGGCCGGGGGAGCUGCCUCUGGCCCUACAUCAGCUGCCUCCACAUCAGCAGGAGGAGAUGAGUCAUCUGAGCCACAGUCAACCCAACACUUGUCUUUCCCUCCACCUGCCUCCUCUUCCUCAGAUACAUCGCCGCACUCCUCAUCCUCCACUACCUCCCCGACCCCCUCCCGUUCCUCGUCCACUUCCCCUGACCCAGAGAGGGAUGGGGUAGGAGAAGAUGUCUCCUCAGAAGUGCCCAACUCUGCAGAGCUGGGCCCAGUGGAGAAACAACCUGGACCAUCACUCCCCUCCACCUCUGCCUCAUCCACCCCGCCUACCUCUCUGCUGCCUCCCAAUCAGGAUGACGCUGCUGGGCCUCAGCGCCCACCUGUACCAGGAGAACCAACCAUUCUUGCUGUACCCUCACACUCUGAUACCAGUACCACUGGAGACGCAUCGUGGCCCCCCAAUCAGCACCCGAUCCCCCUCCGGCAUGGACAGCAGAAGCACAAUGCAGGAGGUGGAUAUUUUGGCCUAAACCUGACAUGUCCUAGUAUCAGAAAUCCUGUUAGCAAGAAAUCCUGGACUCGCAAAUUCAAAAACUGGGCGUGCAAACUGCGCCACUCCGCCAGCUUGUUCAAGAAGCCCAGAGUCCAGCAAGAUGGACGUUCCAGCAGUCAGGCACUUAAAGAGGAGAAGGAGGCGCCACCCCUAAAUCCGCCUCAGUCACGCAAAGGACGAUUUCAGGUGACUCCAGUGCCCCAGUCCUCUCCCCCAAAGGAGGCGCCAUCAGGUCACAGUAACACUCACAGGAAAGUGGGGCGUUUCUCUGUAUCCCAGACUGAGACUAAGAAAAAGGACAGGCAGACUGACAGCUCCCCAGUGUCUCCUGAUUUGGAGAGGGAGAGGAGGAGAUCUCGGGCAAAAGAUGGGGAGAAGGAGGAAAGUAAGAGGACCCCAGCAAUGGCUCACCUGCCUCGAGGUCACGGACACAGCCACUCACCCCUGGGCAGUAGUGAUGAUGAUAAUGAGAGUGAGCUGGAGGAUGAAGAUCUGAGAAAAGAACUGCACAAGCUCAGAGAGAAGCACAUCAAAGAGGUGGUAUCCCUUCAAGCCCAGCAGAACAGAGAGCUGCAGGAGCUGUACAGACAGCUCCGUUCCCUCAAAGACCAAAGGCAAAGUCUGCCUACCUCCCUGUCCCGAACCCCUCCUCUUCCCACGGCGCCGCCAGCCCUUUCUCCUCGUAGGCCCAGGCCAGCCAAAAUCAAGCUCCGGCCUCGGCCUCAUUCUCACAUAGAUAACAACGGAGUCACUCACUCUGGGAUUCAACAGUCAAGUUGUUUCUCAGGUGGUGAACAGAGUAGACUGCCCCUAUACUGCAACCCAGAGCACCACACUUCACUGCCUGCUAAAAGAGAUCACAGCCCUCUAAGAAAAAGCACAUUCACAGAUGAGCUGCACAAACUUGUUGAUAAUUGGACGAAGGAGACAGUGGGCCCCUUGCCACCCAAACCUUCACUGAAUCAAAUCAAACAGAUUCAGCAGGUGCAGGAGUUGGGGGGCUGGAGCCAGCAGACUGAGGUGGCUCCACCAGGUUGGUUUCCAGUGGCACCACUGAACACCCAGGCACCCCCGACCCCUGCCAGCUUGCCUGUGGCACCCCCUCCCCAUUACACAGGUGGAGGGAGCCUGUCUGCCUUGCACUCUCCAGGAAAACCACCACAAACACACAUGGCUCAAGUGCCACAGAUGCAGCAAAGUUUACACCUCCAUCAGUCUCUCCCCCUCCAGCAGAUGACCUAUCAGCAGUCCCCACUCCGCCAGCAAAUACCACAGCCCCUGAUGCAAACUCCCAUACAGUCUCAGUCGCUACCACAGACACAACCCAUCACACAGCUGCCCCACUCACCACCUCAAAGCCAACCGCUGCUGCCUUCCCAAAUGCCCACAUCUCCAGUGUCCACAGCCACGCCCCUGUUGCCUGGCAGUGGCACCGCUGUACCCACAGAUAGCACUGCUGCUACUGGGGGGACAUUUUGCCCCUGUUCCUCAUCCUCUUCCACCUCUUCCUCUUCUUGCUCUACUGCUGCUCUACCUACCAGUGCCAAAAUUCACCCAACACCCCCCACCUCUACUCUUCCUCUGGGACAGAAAUGAAACCAAGAUGAAGCGUUAGGUCAAUAUGAAGGUGCAAGAGAUGGAAAUACUAAGCAAAGUGUUUGUUCCGUGUAAGCAUGAGAGAGUUGUGACUGUAAUGAAUAUGUGGAUUCCAGUGUACUUCUGAAUGAGAUGGAGCAGUAAAAGUGAGAGACGAUAGGUUCUUGUAUGUAUAGAAAGAGGGGAAUAUGGAAAACAGCAGCUCUGUAUAAAUUCUUUAAUGUAUGAAUGUGCGUUUAUGAGUGUGGGUGAGUGUUUAUGGACUAUCCGAGUACAUAUCCCUCAUGUCCUUUUACACAAUUUAACAUUCAUGUUUUUGUUUUGAAACCAACUCAGUUGGACCUGAACUCUCCCUAAGCAGAGACAAGAAGGACAAAAUAUUUGACAGUGUGUUGACAUCUUUUGUUUAAUUUGUCAAUGCUUACAAUGAAAGGACUAUCAAUUUUAAAAGUGCAAUUAGUAAUGGUCAUCUAAAUUGAUCAGCAUGUAUUGUAUGGAUUUGUCUGUAAGGCAUAAAAUAUUUUUGUAGAAGCACAUUGAUGAAAACCAGACGCAUAGAGAAUCUUUUCAUGAUCGUUACAUGAUCUUUUAAAAGUUUAUGCCUACAGCACAAGGCGUUUUAAUGGGAAGUUUGAAAACAAAAAAAAAAAUAACAGCAUGUUACACAAUAGAGCACGGCAAACUUAUCUGGCUACCAUCAUUACCACAAUGCAACCAAACACACUGUUGCAGUGUUGUGCACCGGUACAGCAUGUGCUUCAUUUUGUAUUAUUUUAUGUUUAGCAGUUGUAACAUAGAAACAGUCUGAAUUACCAUGAGUGAUGUGAUAUAAAUUCAGAUGAAUUCAGAGUAUGAUGGUAAAUUGAAAUAUGCCAUCUAUGUUCAGUGGAUACCUGGGUUACACUCAGCCCAAGACUGCAUGACCUUAUGACUAACUUGACUUGCCUGAGUGCAAACUGCUUGCACUUGCUGUAUAUUCAUGAAUCCCACAUUUACUAUUUGCAGCCUACUGAGAUAAUUCAUCAUCAGUCAUGAGUAAAUUUGUUUUCAGUAUGAUAUGCUUUCACAUUUGACAUUUUUGCUUUCAGUUUGAGCUCUCUGCAUAUCAAAGAAUAUCACAGUGUCAUGCUGAGGAGGAUUAUGAAAAAGAAAACAACUGCCAGGUUAUUAUAGACUGGGGAAACCACAUGGGUUAUUCCUAUAUUGCCUUUUAAAAUUACUGCAUUUUUGUGGGUGUGUGAGUGUUUUUCUGUGUGACAAAAGCUUUGUGAUAGUCCCAUGGUAUAUUGCAUUAUGAAUUGCAUCCCUGUUUCUUUCAUUCUGAGCGGCCUCUCAAAUGUCACUGUACCCAACUGAAAAUGUUUACUCUGCCUAAGUUUUGGUUUCCUUAAUAAACAAAACAAGUGAGAGGUUAGACCAUAUACCGGUUGUAAGUUUGAUGUCCAACACCUUUGUGAGAUCCUCACUUGCCUCUUUGUCAACUUUGUUCAGCAUUAGACAAACAGACUUAUUUCAUUUGUGAACUAUUUAGUCUUUGACCAUAGGCUGUCAGCA